AUCAUUUAAAUUAUUUGGCUAGAGUUAUAACGGUCAUUAGUCAUUACACAUUUCUAUUUAUCCGUUGAAAAAUCAACUGUAAUAAAUAAUAAUUGGUUAUGUUCAAUUAUUAGCUGUUGCCUUUCAAUGUUUUUGUCGAAAAGUUAAUACGAGAUGUAUUAAUGUUACAGUGAGGUUUAAAGGAAAAUAAAAAAUGAAGAGAGGAAUGUGUGGCCAAAUGGCCAAGACACCUAAAAAACCUAAAUCUGACGAUGACGCAAAAGAUCCAAUUCAAGUGUUUUGCCGUGUACGCCCAAUUUCGACUUCUGUAGAAAAUCCAUGCAUCAACGUGAUUUCUAAUACUGAUAUACAAAUUAAAUGCCCUCUUGAUGACAGGGGUGUAUCUAGAGAAGGCCAGUUCAGUUACAAAAAAAUAUUUACAGACUAUGAAACUCAGGAAGUUGUUUUUCAAGAAUUAGCUUUGCCCCUAAUUGAACAACUUUUGUCAGGUCGAAGUAGUUUGUUAUUUGCAUAUGGUAUAUCAGGCAGUGGUAAAUCAUAUACAAUGACGGGGAAUCAUGUUGAUGGAGGCAUCGUAGGACGAUGCUUCGAUGUAAUCUUUAAUUCUAUAACAGAUUACCAAGCAAGAAGGUUUACAUUCAAACCUGAUAAAUUAAAUGGCUAUGAUAUCUUGAGCGUUGAAGAUGCCAUGAUAUCCAAAGCUGAGGAUUUCAAAAAUAAUGUGAAAUUCACAAAGACACCUAAAAAAAGAGAUGGAGAUUCAAAUAGAGUACCUUUUGAUUACAAAAUUGUUGAUAUUGACCAAGAUGUCGCAUAUUCUGUAUUUAUCAGCUAUGUAGAAAUAUACCACAAUUAUGUAUAUGACCUUUUAGAAGAUGUGUCAGACGGAGAAAUUAAGCGGAAUAGUAAAAUUAUCAGAGAAGAUUCAAAUGGUAACAUGUAUGUCCACGGUGCUAAUGAACAAGAAGUAAACAGUGCCGAUGAGGCCUUUGAUUGGUUAAGAAAAGGACAAUUACGCAAACGUACAGCACCAACACUUCUAAAUAUUGAUUCUAGUCGUAGUCAUACGGUAUUUACCUUACGUUUAGUGCAAGCUCCUUUGGAUGCUGACGGUGUCAAUGUAAUUCAAGACAAAAAGUAUACUGUUGUCAGUCAAUUAUCAUUAGUAGAUUUGGCAGGAAGUGAAAGAGCAGGAAAAGCAAAAACAACGGGACAACGUCUACAAGAAGCUGGUGAAAUAAACAAAUCAUUAUCAAAUCUUAAACAGUGUCUUAAAAUAUUGUAUGAUAAUCAGUCUUCGAGCAAUUUAAGAAGUAUAGCUGAGAAGAUACCCUAUAGGACUUCAAGACUGACACAUUUAUUUAAAAGCUUUUUCGAAGGCUCUGGAUCAAUUAGAAUACUCAUUUGUAUUAAUCCCAUGUCUGAUUACGCAGAACUUCUGCCUGUACUACAAUUUGGAGAAAUGUCUGGCAGUGUACAAGUAAAAAGAAUGACACCAUUGCGAAUGGAUUUGGGUUUGACGCCAGGCCGAAGAAAAAUGGUUGAUAUUCAGUCAAUUAACCGUAUUCCUUGUGUUUUGGAAGAAGAUAAUUCAGAUCCACUCGACAACAAAAACCUCAACGAUUUUCAGAAUAAUUUGUUUUCAAGUUAUAUAGAUUUGGGACCUCCAUUACCAGAGUUGCAGUUUGAGGAUUUGUUAGUUGAAGAAAAGCGACAAGAAAUGCUAAUUUUACUCGAACAAAGAAUUAAGAAAAAAAAUGAACUACGUGUUAUGUUAAUAAAUCGAAGUAACGAUAUAAGAUCUGGAUUGGUAUACUUGGAAAGCAAUUUUACAAAUGCAAAACAAGAACUAAACUCUCUGCAAAUACUUAGGGAUCAAGACAACAAUAAAGUAAAGCAGUAUCAAAACAAAGCGUUUUUACUUGAAAAUGAAAAUGCAUCAUUAAAGAGAAAAAUGGAGUUAAUUGAAAGUGAAAACAAGAGAUUAAAAUCUAGUUUGAACACCAAAGAGAAUAUGCUCAACCAAGCUUCGGCCGACAAGGAUUUGUUAAAACAGAAAUACAAUUCGAAAAUUGUUAAAAAGCAAGAACAACUGUCCAAAGACUUCAAAGAUAAAUGGAAAGUCCAAGAAAAUGAAUUUGAAACCAAAUUACAAGAAAAGAAACGCAAACUCCGUCAUAUCAAGAAUAUCGUUGAAAGCACAGAAAGUAUUCCGAAUCAUGUUAACAGUCGGCGUACUCUAAAGCGGACAUUGUCUGAUGAAAGUUUUACUAAACCAGAAUCGGUCAACAAGGCCAUUGCAAACACGCCUAGCAAGCCUUCUCAAGCUACUUUGCGGUAUCUUCGGUCAAGAAGAUCGAAAUCUUGUGAUCCACAAGAACGUUGGCUAGAGCACAUACCUCCAGUUCCUGUUCCGUUGCAAACUGUAAUGCAGCCCACGAUGAGAAAACGAAAGUCUAUCACUAAACUGACAGACGCUAAAACUGUAUCCAAAACCGAUGCUUCUAAAUAUUGUUUGCUUACACAAGGACAAGAUGACAAUGGUGUCCCAGAAGCAAAACUUUACAAGGGCGAUAUCAUUCAAACUACCGGCGGUGGAGCUCAAGUUGUUUUUAACGAUGUUGAAACUUUAAAACAAGAUUCUCCUUUAGGCGGAUCACCAGUAAAAAAUCGCAUACAAGUGUUUAACGAAGAAAUAAAAGCUCAUGCUUCAGACGAUCUUCAGUCAAGAUGUUAUGGUAUACAGGGUGGUCCACCAAGUUCGAGAAAAUAAAAACCCUAAUUGAAAACUUAUUCACUUUGCAAUAAUGCAAAAAAAAAUUUAUUAUACUCAGGUUUUUUUAGUGAAUGGUUUAACUUAUAAGUCAGCUUUAAAUUAUCUUAAAUUUAAACCAAUCACUAAAAAAAAAAAAAUUUACUCUUAAUUUUUUUUUAAUUUUAUGUGUUUAUGAUUUAUUUAUAAUUUUAAAACAAUUACUUAUUUCUACCUAAUCAUAUUUUUAUAUUAACUCCUUUUUUAAACAAAGCUGGUAUUUGUGAUAUACAUUAAUUUGUAAGCUUUUCCUUGUUUUCAUUUUGUUUAUGAAAACUAAAGCCACUGGUUAUUUUUUAUUUUGAAAAAAAUGUGAAGCCAAUAUUGAGAGAAUAACAUUAAAAUUUGAUAUGCAAGUUGUUUUUAUGUAUUUAUAAUGUAAUGUUUAACCACAAAAACGCAUCACAGUGAACACUGAUUAGCUCGUUAAACAGUGUAACACUUUUUAUUUUAAAAUUUGUUUCAAAAAACCUGAGUCUAGUCCACAACAUCGGUAUAAUAAAGAUCUAGGGACCAUUUAUCAGUAGUGGCUGUUUAUUGUCGAUGAGUUUCAACGUACCCUUUACAGUGCUAACUGUAGAAACACCCUAAUUUUAAAGUGGGGUCACAUAUGAAUAUCUUCUAUAUUGUAUACAUAU